AUGGCAAACUGUACAGUAUUAGUAAGUACUGUAAUUAUCUUUUUUUUAUUACUUGAACCAAAAGACAAUGGUUUCAACUGUAAUGACACGUCUAUUAGACAACCUUUUAUCAAACUGCAGGUAUCGAUGGCACAGUUAUUAUCCAUUUCGGUAGGACUUCCCAUCAUUGCUAUAGUGGUCAUUGAAAAGUUUAUCUCAAAAAUAUCCAAAACUAAUAACAAAUUAAUUAUAUAUCACAAUAUCAUUGCCUUUAUCUUUGGUUUAUUCUUUAACUUUUUGUUGGUAAUGAUUAUGAAGAAUCUGUUUGGACGACUCAGACCUCAUACCAUCCGAUUCUGUAAUGCAGAUCAUUAUUGUCCAGAAGGUUUUAUUGAUAAACACAUCGAGACGUUUGAAUGCCGUAACGAUGACUAUCCCAUGAGAUAUAAGAGGAACGUUAGACAUAGUUUCUAUUCAGGACACGCAUCCAUUGGCUUAUAUGCCGGUGCUUUUCUUAUACUUUACUUGAGAUCCAAAUUGAGACCAAAACAUAAUUUAUGGAAAUAUAUUUUGAAAUCACUGUAUCUGAUUAUAGCCAUUACUUCGACAUACCCGGGAUAUACACAAUGGAAAAACUAUUGGCAUUUCUCCAGUGAUGUCUUAACAGGUUAUGCUAUUGGCAUUGUAUCAGCAAUCAGUAUAUAUAAACUAUUUUUGAGUAAUACAAUCAGUGAUCAUCAAUUGAUUGAUAAAAACAAUGCAAAUAAUUACAUUCCUCUCAAUAAAUUAUUAACAACUACCAUAUCAUUUAAUCGAUAG